AUGGCCACCGAAACCUUCCUCGCCAGACUGUGCGAGCAGGCUGAGCGUUACGAUGAGAUGGUUACCUACAUGAAGAUCGGUGGUGAACUCACCGUUGACGAGCGUAACCUCCUCUCCGUCGCCUACAAGAACGUUGUCGGUACCAGACGUGCCUCGUGGCGCAUCAUCUCCUCGAUCGAGCAGAAGGAGGAGCAGAAGGGUUCGGACAAGCACGUUACCAUCAUCCGCGACUACCGUCAAAAGAUUGAGACCGAGCUCGAGAAGGUCUGCCAGGAUGUUCUUGACGUCCUUGACGACUCCUUGAUCCCCAAGGCAGAGUCCGGCGAGAGCAAGGUCUUCUACCACAAGAUGAAGGGUGACUACCACCGUUACCUUGCCGAGUUCGCCUCUGGCGACAAGCGCAAGACUGCUGCCACUGCUGCCCACGAGGCCUACAAGAGUGCCACCGACGUCGCCCAGACCGAGCUCACUCCUACCCACCCUAUCCGCCUUGGUCUGGCCCUCAACUUCUCCGUCUUCUAUUACGAGAUCCUCAACAGCCCCGACCGCGCAUGCCACCUUGCCAAGCAGGCCUUCGACGACGCCAUCGCCGAGCUCGACUCGCUCUCAGAGGAGUCUUACCGCGACAGCACCCUCAUCAUGCAGCUCCUCCGCGACAACCUCACCCUCUGGACUUCGUCCGACGGCAACGAGUCCGAGCCCGCUGCUGCCUCUGACGCCCCCAAGGCCGAGGAAUCCAAGACUGCCGAGUCUGUCGAGGAGCCCAAGGCCGAGGCCUCGUAA